AUGAUAAAAUAUACCCAGUACGUUUUCAAAAACUAUAUGAACUCUGUGUAUCUAGAUUUUGGUUAUUCAAGUUUUACAGAUUACAAAUCAUCAAUAGUAAGUGGUUUUAAAGAAGAAAGUUCAAGAUAUUUCAACUACACACCACAAAUCGAAGAGGGUACCAGUAAGUUUCCAGAUUACCCUAAUGUUUUAAAUGAUGAUAAUAACAACAAUCAACAACAAUAA